AGAUCGAUUCCCUCUACAGCGUUUCUCGCAGCACCAAGGGCUCGUACGACGCUCCGGCGAUUCCGGAUCGAAUAACAGCAUGGCAUAAUGAUAUUCCCAUUAUCUGAUCGAUUGAUAUCACAUGCAAGCCUUCUGCUGCGAUAACUUUCAAUUUCAAACCUCCGGAAUUACUCCUUUUGACCCAAAAGACGAUCCAGAAGUCAAUUAGAGUAUGGCGUGGCGUGGCAGGCAGGAACAAGAAGCCGUAGGUGCCGACCAAAGUGGCUCUGUUGCUUCUUAUCACAAAGCAUUCAGAGAGCGGCCCGAGCAGGAACGAGUAUGCUUGUAUGACUACUAUAAGUUGACCGGAUUUGCCAAUUACUUAAUCAACAAGUAUCUCCACAUGCGCAGCAAAGGGGCCGCAACUAAUAACAAAAAGCGAAUGAUUGUCAUUUAUCUCUCGAGAUCUGCCGGCGGCCGAUCGUGUGUCAUUCGCCCUCUCGUUAUCAUUUAUCACGUGUCACAGCUCACAUUUGUCUAGAGAAAGGUUCUUCGGCUCAAAGCAAAUCCCAAUUGUAGUAAUAAUAAUCACACUCAAUUUGAGGCACGGAAAAAAACUUUGCAUGAUUUCGGACAGAUGUUCCGAUAAUCGAAAUAUCAUUCACCCAACGAUGCUCAUUGAUCUUUCAUAAUGUGCGCAUGGUGUAUACAACUACAUGGUUCAGCUGACCACUUGCCAAAACUUGCAACAGGCAUUCUUGGAUUGGGCAACAGGUACCCAGAUCGAAAGCAUGAAGAAUAUUUUUGUCGUCUGAUUAUUUUGUUGGUAUCGGAGGCGGCGCCGGUAGUUGACCAUCAAACAAUAAUGUCGGCUUGCCAAAGCCUACAGCAGGCGCUCUUGAAUCGAGCAGUAGGUACCGCAGGCCGAAGGAAUAUAGGGUACAUUGUCGACAGAUGACUUUGUUCACAUCGGAAGCGCAUCCGGUAGUUGAUCUUCUACAGUAUAGGGCAGGUUUUUUGAUAAUAGCAAAUUAUCGACACCCGGAACGCCUCACAACACCAAGCUUGCCCAAGAAAACUAUAUAAAAGGACGCCAAGGGGGUAGAUAUGAGACACCCACCACACCCUGCCAAGCUCAAGAUAACAAACAAUGCGAAUCCCUCUCGACGUUGCACACUCGGUAGUACGUGCUCUGCACACCAUCCGUAGUGACUCUGCCCAAUCGGGCAAUGUUACCCAGACUUCGGUUCAGAUCCCCAGCAACCAGCCAGCAUGGGCCGAACCACUUUCCCCGAACUUGGCUGCCUUCUCUAUUGAGAUGGAUCGAUGGCCAGAUUGGGCGGGGGAAAAAGUGGGAGAACCAAACAAGUAUGUCAAUCAGGUACUCACCAACUUGGGUGAACGAACCGGUGUAAUGCCCUAUCUCAGGGUUGGAGCCAACUCGGAAGACCGUGCGACGAUCGACUUGUCCUACGAAGUGAUGAACGCCACUUUCCCCGCAGCUACUGAAGAGGUACCAGUUCCCGAAGCAGAUCACAUAUUUAUCGGUCGUGACUUUUACGCUCUUUCCGGUAACCUUCCCGAUGGUACACCUUUCCAAUGGGGUGUGAAUCUCGGUAGUCUCAACCGCACCGAGACUAUUGCGCAGGCGAAGCUCAUUGCAGACACUUUCCAAGGGGACCGAGCCAAUUUGACUGCCAAUGUCCGUCUCGAUGGUCUGGAGAUAGGUAACGAGCCCGACUUCUACGGUACUGGGAAAGGAUUGGGUGCGGCAUGGACGCCGGCAAAUUACUCUCAAACAUGGCUCGAUUAUGCCCAAGGGGUAUCGGAAGUCAUUCAGCUGGGUGGUGACGGUCCCUACCUUACUCCUGGUGCGAUGACCGGCUUCUCGGCUCCCGUCUGGACGCCUCAAGCUUCUUUUGAGGCUGGGAUUUUGGACGAUGAUGACAUCCGAUCCGUUGUUAAGCAGUACAAUCAGCACGUUUACUCGGGAGCUUUCGGUUACGGUUACCCUUUGACCCCUGUGGGCGGCUUGAUGGACAAGGUCACUGCGCGAACGAACCUUACCGCGCGCGCCAAUGAGAUAAAGUCUGUCAAGAGUGAGGGUCUGCAAUACGUCUUUGCUGAAGGUAAUUCAUACGCCAACCACGGUCAACCUGGUACCAGUAACACGGCCGAAGCGGCCAUUUGGGCCAUUGACUGGAUGCUUCAACUGGCUUCUAUGGGGGUUGAGCGUAUGCACUUCCACCACGGUGUCGGAUUCCGCUACAAUCUCUUCCAGCCCGUCGCUACCGAUGCCGAUCACGACGAUGGAACCAAUAUGACCAGUCGAGCCCACAUUCUACCCGCUUACCAUGCCGCUCUUAUCGUCAACGAAGCAAUCGGUACCAACGGGAACUCAUAUGUUGCGGAAAUCAGCACCCCGAACGAUAACGUGGUGGCGUAUGGUAUUUGGGAAGACGGCAAUUUGGUCCGAAUGGUGGUCACUAGUACCGAGGUUUACACUACCGAUGAUGAAGACGCGCAGGAGGGAAGGAACAAGUUUGAGCUCAACCUUGUCGGCGUUGAAGGAAGGAACGCAACCGUCAAGAGGCUGUUUGUCCCUCAAACCACUGCGAUGCACGGACUUACUUGGGCUGGUCAGUCUUUCGACACUGAAGAUGGUAAACCAACCGGAGAAGUCAGCGAGGAGACCCUCGACAACGGCGUCCUUCAAAUUGAUGCCUCUUCCGCUGUUCUCAUCUGCUUCAAAUAAGCCUCGGUUGGGUACGAGGAAGAACAAAUAAGGAAAAAAUCACGCGUCCAGGAAGUGAAAGAAAAAGACCGAUAAGAGUUGAAAAAUUGGCGCAGGAAGUUUCAAGUUAUAAUUUAGAAGUCAGGAAAGUUUUGGUUUAUUUAAUCUGGA